CCCACCACUAUAAAAGCACCUUUUCUUGAACAAUUCACAGACGAUUGGUCAACCCGUUGGUCAAAAAGUGAAUCCACAAAAGAGAAUAAUGAUGGUGGCGAAAUAUUCAGUUACGUUGGGGAGUGGAAGGUCGAAGAGCCAAAAAUUUAUCCUGCCAUAAAAGGCGACAAGGGCCUAGUUAUAAAAACACCCGCCGCUCAUCAUGCGAUAUCCGCUCUUUUAAAAACGCCGUUGGAUAACAAAGGCAAGACAUUAGUAGUCCAAUAUGAAGUUAAACUUCAAAAUGGACUUGAAUGUGGAGGUGCCUAUAUGAAACUUUUAACUGAGUCAGAAAAUGGAAUUCAGGCUGUUGAAUUUUCGGAUAAGACACCUUAUACGAUUAUGUUUGGGCCCGAUCGGUGUGGUAGCACCAAUAAAGUUCACUUUAUCUUCCGACACAAAAAUCCACUAACUGGCGAAUAUGAAGAAAAGCAUAUGACAAGUCCUCCUUCGGUCAAAGUAAGCAAGCUUAGCACUUUAUAUGGGCUAAUCGUGAGACCCAACAACACAUUCGAAAUUCUAAUUAAUAAUGAAACAGUCAAAACUGGAAGUCUCUUCAAAGAUUUUUCACCAGAGAUUAACCCCCCAAAAGAAAUUGAUGACCCUGAUGAUAAGAAACCAGAUGAUUGGGUUGAUAAUCCAAAAAUACCCGAUCCAGAUGCGAAAAAACCUGAUGACUGGGAUGAAGACGCACCUCUUGAAAUCCCUGAUGAAGAUGCUGUAAAGCCAGAAGGUUGGCUCGAUGAUGAACCCUUGACCAUUCCCGACCCAGAGGCAAAAAAGCCUGAUGAUUGGGAUGACGAGGAAGAUGGUGAUUGGAUUCCCGCGAGCGUUCCCAAUCCAAAAUGCGACGAAGCACCUGGAUGUGGUGAAUGGAAACGACCAACAAAGAGAAAUCCUAAUUACAAGGGUAAGUGGUAUCCACCAGAAAUUGACAACCCUAAAUAUAAGGGUCUAUGGGCACCUCGUAAGAUUCCCAACCCGAAGUUCUUUGAAGAUUUAACUCCCUCUGAUUUUGAAAAGAUUGCUGCCAUUGGAUUCGAGAUUUGGACGAUGCAAAACGAUAUUUUGUUUGAUAAUAUCUACAUCGGUCAUUCUGAGGAAGAUGCACAAAAAUUUGCCGAAGAAACUUGGGGAGUUAAGUACAAGAUCGAAAAGGAAGAAGAAGAAAAAUCCAAUAAAAUUUUAGAUGAUGAACCAACUGUUUCAUUUUUGGAUGAUCCUGUUAAAUUCCUUCGACAACAGAUUGAUGAAUUUAUCGAGGCCUUCCUCGAUGAUCCAUUGGAAUCUAUCAAGACAAAACCAUUUGUCGUAGCUGGUUUAUCAGCUGUGAUUAUUGUUUUCUUUGCGCUUCUCAGAUUACUGUUCAGUUUAAUAACACCCGCAAAAAAGAUUUCUGCACAACACAAAAAAACUGACGCACCAACUCCAGAUGACAAAGAUGCUGAUAAAGACGAUGCAAGUACUUCAAAAGAUGAUGAAAAUGAAGGUGAUGGUGAAACAGAAACGAACAAAGCGACCAAACGAGGGAAGAAACAGAAAACACCAAAAGAACAGCAGAAUAGUGAUCAAAUUCUGUUUGACCAUGCUCUCUUAAGAUCACUUCAUCAAUCACAAAGUUGCCACUUGUUUGUAGAUGAACAAAUAUUCAUUUAUCGCGAAAUAUUAGGGUAUGAACAAACACAGUGA